UUUUUUUUAUUCCAAUGAUCUUGACAACUGGAUAGUGAAACUUUUAAACAUAAGGGCUCGAACACACUCCUAUGGAGCGGUGGCGUCGUGUCGUAUGUCAUAAUAACAUGAUGCGUUUGAGCCUUACUCCCUGUUUACCGACAUCCACCGACACAUUUCAAUAUCUUGCUCUUCACGACAAACUCACUCCUUUGUUACGAAACUAUCGCGUGGCAUCAGGUGUUCCGUCAGAUUCUCAUAAACACACGAAGUAUUAAAAUAAAUACCUUUGCUUGAAUUGAAAAUUUAGUUUUACUGAAAGAUGAUACUGUACAUUAGAUUUUUGUCGAAUGAAAAUUUCUGUUUGUAAGCAUUUUUUACUCAUUUCUUAUUAGCAAUAUUUUUUUUAUGAUUGAGUCAUUACUGGUGGCCCGGAGGCCUUUUCAGUUUUACCAUGACAGGUAGGCGAGCAAAGGCUCAGACAGGAGGGGUGGGACUUGACAACAGCCGCCCGAGCGCCUCCAAAGGAGACUUAACAACUCAAGAGCAGCUGUUUAGCAAAUUAAUCUACUACCGGAUCGGAACCAAUUAGCAAUAGUUAAGCUAAAAGCGAAGUACAUACCUGAAGUUCGAAUGAAUGAAAAUGUUCAAAAAUCUUAGUAGUUCGGUGUUGCUGAUUGCCUGUUAUCAAAAUCAGCUCUGCAUCAAUUGUAUCGCGACGCGAUAAUUUAUUUUUGUAAGCGAAACGAUAAUGUGAACAAGGGUGCAGCGACAGUGAUUUUCUCUAGUAAAAUAAAUAUAAAUUUAACUCGUCAAUUACAACUAAAGUGACUUAUCAUCAAUUUCUUUUUAGUACCGCUUAUAAAAUCGUUGCACAAAUUCAAUAAGCAUUGCUAUUUAUAGAGAAACUCAGGUGAUUGUAACCGACGGGAGUUUCUGGUAAAUGAUAGAAUAGGAAGGCUAUAGUUGUCCGACAUAUUCUGGUUAUUACUACAAUUUUUAUCAGCCAACGUUUCUGCAAAAGAAACGAACUUAGACGCGUUUGAUAGACAGAGCGAGCCGUCGUCUCAGUGGUUACUCACGCUUCACUCAUUGUGUUGUUCCAUUUGUUUUUUUUUUUUUUUUUCGUUUACAUCGGUGCUAAUCAUGUGGAGCGAUAGUGACGGAGAACGUGAACUUGCGAUGAUGUACCGUCCGGACUGCAGUUCUGACUUCGUUUUGAUGGACGAACGAAUGAUAGCAUCAGCUUCACGUGCAGCAGUUUCGCCGCCUAUAUCACAGCUUAACGUGUCCAAAUCAUCGAGGGUCCACAUCGGGCCCAAGUUCGUAUCGGUCACACAAAAAGUCAGGAAUACAGAAGAAAUAAAAGAACUCCCGCUGCCGCGUUACCUAUGGAAAGUUUUGAAGAAUACAAGCAGAGCAGAGAGACUAUCGUGCUCCGUAGCGCUCACCGCUCUUGUCAUAUGCAUCGGGCUAACUUUGUACUUCGCUUUGACAACCGAGACAGUCGCAAACGAUGAUGACAUCGAUGUCGCUCCUCAUGAAUGGAACAUCACAAGGGAGAUGUGGUUGGCUCAAAUUGUAAACGACACGGAAUCAGUCAGAGAAUAUAACCCGAUUCGUCUGGUCAUCGUUCAGCAUACGGUCAGCCCUGAAUGCGACACCUUCCAAACAUGUGCGUCGCAAAUGCGUAUUCUUCAAUCCAAUGUCUUAAACAAUCUUGAAGAUGACAUUCCUUACAACUUUUUGAUCGGCAACGAUGGCAGAGUGUACGAAGGACGAGGUUGGGGACUUGUGGGAGCACAUACGUAUCAUUACAAUCGAUGUUCGCUCGGCAUCGGGUUUCUUGGCGACUAUCGCGAGGAACUUGACCCACACACCAGAGUUACGGAUCUGCAAAUAGCAAGGACGAAAAUUUUACUUGAAGAUGGCGUGAAGCGAGGCUUUCUGCAUCCCAAGUACUACAUUAAUGGUGCUUGCGACUUCCAAAGCACCGCCAGUCCAGGGUCAAACUUGUACAAAGCUUUGAAAAGUUUUGAGCACUUCGACCACAAAGGAAUAUUAGCGAACAGAACAUGUGAUGAAAUAUAUACGAUUCUCAAGAAUAAAAUUUAAUCAGAUUAAUCUAGCCAAAAAUCAAUGAAAUUGGUUUAAAAAAUUGUAAGCAGUAGUUCAUAAUGAUCAUUUUAGGUAUAUAAAAUAUAAAUAUAAAAUAAAAUGUUUUCAACACAGCUAAACAAUAGCUAUUUUAAAAAAAAUACUAAGUAGAAAUGUAGCAGUAUUCAGUGUUUAAAUUUUACAAACCACUUAUGUAAGCUAACGUUCCAGAUCAAGAUGUGCCAGUGGUUAGUUAUACGACACGAACAUUGCCUUUCAUAAAACAAUCUACAUUAUUUGCCAUUGAUCACUUUAGAGUAUUUUUAUGAAGUUUAAGUGGUAUGAAGCUGUUAUAAUACUUAAAAAUAAAUGUAACCUAAUUACAACGAUGUGGAAAGAGCUAUUUUUCCAUUGCUAUCGAAAUCUGGUUCUAAAAUAUUUACUGCGGAAAUUAAAUGAUUAAGUAAGAAAAAGUAUAAAAAAACUUUUAUUACUAAGUCUGGAACUGUAGCUAAAAUGAGGAAAAUAGAAAUGAUUCCAAGCACCUCUAGGUAUAUGUGUAUAUAUUUUAAGUAAUUAUCUUCAUUCUUCGAAAAACAUAAAAAAAUCAUUCAGUUUCACUUACUGUGAUAUUUUACAUUUAACACAAAGGGUUUUACGACCCAAAAGUUUCAGCCACUCCAAAAUGGCUAACCUAAUUCUAAUAAAUCGUUAAUUCCUUUUACCACAGUCACAGACAUACAGAAACGAUAAAAUGCCUCAAACCAUCGAAACGAAUCUAUACUGUAAAAAAGUAAAUAUUUCCAAAUUACAGUUUAAUUUUUGACGCCAAAAUUAGUACUAGGCUAUUAGAUAAUUAAGUUAGCACUAAUAUAUUUUAAGGGUCCUAAUGUAAAAAAAAAUCUUUAGUUUUGAAACAUCUGAUGAUGUUUAUGAGUUUUGUUUCUCAAAUAUAAUUUCCAUUAUUAACUAAAAUGUUAUGUGAAAUAUACAUAUAAACACGUGAAAUAAAAUAUUUAUUCGUCAUUCAAUUACCUUGCAGACUUCACUGUAAUCACUAAAACUGAUAAUUACUGGCGCUAAUAAAUUAAUAAUUAUAUAUUAACAGAUUACACUUUCAUUUGCAUUUAAUUUGAAGUUGGGCGCUAUGGCGAUGUUCUACAUCACAACUUACUUAUUGCAAUUUGAUUUGCUAAUAACUAGUCAGGUCAUAAGUAUUGUCACACAGUAAAAACUUUUCUUUUAGAAUGCUGGCCACAAAAUAGUUUAUUGAAUUCGAAUUUCGAAUUGUUCACGAAAAAAGAAAUAUAUAUACUUUUAGAAUUUUACUCAUUUUUAAAUAUGGAGUGGACGCUUAAAGAAGACUGUGUUGCAGUUAUUGCGUUGGAUCGUUGCGGUUACGCGCCAAUUCCAAUUUUUAACAUACUGAAAAAUUUGAAUAUAACCAAAAGAUUCGUUUAUCGUACCAUCAAACGAUACAAUGAAGACUCUAGUGUAGAUGACAGGUCAAGAAGUGGUCGCCCUCGGUCUGUUAGGACUCCAGCAGUGAUAAAAGCUGUGAAGGCGCGAAUUCAAAGAAAUCCCAAACGUAAGCAGAAACUGUUGGCCCUUCAGAUGGGGUUAAGCAGAACCACGGUGAAAAGGGUGUUAAAUGAAGACUUAGGGCUUCGGGCAUAUCGAAGAAAAACAGGACAUCGUUUGAAUGCUCGUUUAAUGGUCCUGAGACUGAAGAGAUGCCGCGCUUUGUUGAAGCGGUACGCGGGAAAAAAAUAUCGGGAAAUUCUUUUUUCGGAUGAAAAAAUUUUUCCGUAGAAGAGAGCUACAACAAACAAAAUGAUAAGGUGUACGCACACAGUAGUGAAGAAGCGAGCAACCGUAUUCCGCGUGUCCAACGAGGUAAUUUUCCAUCCUCGCUCAUGGUAUGGUUGGGAGUUUCUUAUUGGGGCUUAACAGAGGUACAUUUUUGUGAGAAAGGUGUAAAAACGAAUGCAGUUGUGUAUCAAAAUACAGUCCUGAUGAACCUUGUGGAACCUGUUUCUCAUAUCAUGUUCAAUCACAGGCACUGGGUAUUCCAACAAGAUUCGGCGCCAGCUCAUAGAGCGAAGAGCACACUAGACUGGCUGGCGGCGCGUGAAAUCGACUUCAUCCGGCACGAAGACUGGCCCUCCUCCAGUCCAGAUUUGAAUCCGUUAGAUUACAAGAUAUGGCAACACUUGGAGGAAAAGGCGUGCUCAAAGCCUCAUCCCAAUUUGGAGUCACUCAAGACAUCCUUGAUUAAGGCAGCCGCCGAUAUUGACAUGGACCUCGUUCGUGCUGCGAUAGACGAUUGGCCGCGCAGAUUGAAGGCCUGUAUUCAAAAUCACGGAGGUCAUUUUGAAUAAACUUUAGUGUCAUAAGAAUCUAUGUUUUGUUAAGUUCAUUUUGGUAUAUGAAUGGUUACAUAAUGAAUAAACUUGUUUCAAUUAUUUUACAUUAAACAUGUGACAGAAUUUAUGACCUGACUAGGUAUGUGCUGAACUGUUUUGUAUCCUAACUGAAGAGAGAGAUAGAGAAAGAAGCCAUGAUUUUGAACUAACAAAAAAUUUUCAAUUGAAAUAUUAAAUAAGUAAUCACUAGA